AUAUGCUGGGAACAGAAUAUGCUUGGACCGUUAGCGAUAUAUUCUAAUAAACCCAUGUGGGUAUGGAGGACGGGCGCUCGCAGCAUUGCCGCUCGGCAUUACCGGCGAUUCCUUUGCUCCGGUACGCAGGUCUUGGAUCUCUCGCAGCUCGGUGCCGGUGCCACUGCGGGGGGGGAGGCACCGGCGCUGGAUGUCUUCAAGAUUCUAGGGCUCUUCCGGGACAAGAAGGAGCGGGAAUGCGUGGAUGCGGUGGGCAUCGUCGCUGUUCUGCGCGAUUCUUCCGACUGGCAGGGCAGGCUGGAGGAGAUUUUCAGGCAGCAGCCGCUGAAUUCGUCCCUGGUUGAGGAUGUGGUGAGGAGCUGCGACGAUCCGGACACGGCGGUGGGCUUCUUUCGAUGGUCCGUGAGGCAGGAUUCGUGCGUGAGCACGCUGCAUUCUUACAAUUGCAUCAUCCGCAAGCUCGUGGAGGCCGAUCUGGUCGCCCAGGCGGAAGCGAUCGUGGAGGAGAUGAAGUAUGCCGGUUUUUCUCCUGACGUCCAGUCCCACUGCCUCUUGAUACGUGGUUUCUUCAAGAGUGGGAGUUUUCAGAGGGGGUGCUCGCAGCUGGAUAGAAUGCUCGAGGCUGGAUUGUUUCCAAACGCGAUUCUCUACAACAAUCUCAUCAGCUGCCUCUGCAAGGCCGGGAUGCUGGCCGAGGCGGAGAGCUACUUGAAAAGAAUGCCGCAGCACUGCGCUCCCAACGUGGUCUCCUACAACAUCAUCAUCGAUGGCUACUGCAAAGCUCGCAACAUCGAGAAGGCCUUGGCGUUCCUGAGGGAGAUGGAGGAGCUCGGGCAUCCUCCGACUCCUCACGCGUACAGCAGCAUCGUCCAGAGCUUUUGCAAGACGGGAAACGUGAGCAAGGCUAUGGAUGUUUUCGCCGAGAUGCCAGCGAAAGGAUGCGAGCCGGACAUUGUCAACUUCAACGUGCUGCUGUCCGGGCUGUGGAGAGCGCGCAAGAUUCACGAGGCGAGGGAGCUGUUUAGGAGCAUGAACAGCCGAGGAUGCAAACCGGAUGUUGUCACGUACAACACGAUGAUCGCGGGGCUUUGCAAGUGGAAGAAGCUUGACGAGGCCGUGUUCUUGCUGGAGAGGAUGAAACAGGAGGACGUCUCGCCCACUUUCGUCACUUACACGACGCUGAUCGACCACCUUUGCAAGUUUACGAGACUCCAGCAGGCAUACGAGGUGUUUGAGAAGAUGGCCGAAGGUCCUUGCGCUUGUACCGAGCCUGCAUACAGUGUCCUGUUUAACAAGCUCCAGCGAGCAGGGAAGCUGGUGGAGGCCUCUCGGGUGUACAGCGAUAUGUGCCGGAAGAACGUUUGCAUGACGGACAACACUUACAGCCUCGUUGUUCUAGGCUUGUCCAAGAUGGAUGGAGGAAAUGUGGAAGCGGCGAAGCUCGUCACGGAGAUGAUGGGCAAGAAGAUCGCUGUACACCCGGUUGCUUUCAACGUCUUCCUCAACAAGCUGUGCAUCGAAGGUGGGAUCGACGAAGCUAUCAGGCUGUUCAGACAGAUGUGUGGGACAGAGCUCUACAAGCCGGACUUUUACGCGUACAGCAUACUUAUCAACGGGCUUUGCAAGGCAAGGCGACCCGGAGAAGCCAAGGAAAUGUUUCAGGAGAUGAGAGGCAGGGGGAUUAGUCCGACAGUGGUGACUUACAACACUUUGCUCGAAGGACUGCUCAGCACUGCUAAAUUGCAAGAUGCAAUGGAGCUCACGUACUUCAUGCUGGAUCAAGGUGUAGCUCCGAGGAUUGCUACACUCACCAAGCUGCUCUAUGCUUUGGUGUGGAAGAAGCGGAUGGACGAGGCACUUAAGCUCUACGAAGCAGUGACAAACGAAGGAGUUAUGGUGGCGGAAGAUGGAGAGAGUUUGGACUUGGUGGUCUUUCCUUACAGUCGUAAGAGUGGCGAAGGCCCCAGCGAGCUCUUCGACGCCACAGUUGCCAAAGGCCUCGUCCCGAGCACAGGCUCUUGCAACGUCAUUCUCGACCGGAUGAUCAAGGAGCACAGGUUUGAGGAAGCGAAAAAACUCUUCUCGGACAUGAAGACAAAGAGGCUACCCGAUACGUGCUCUUACAAUCUCAUGAUCCGAGGCUUUUGCGCCAACGGAGAUACAAAUGAAGCCUACUGCCUGUUCCAAGACAUGAUCAAAGAUGGUAUCGUUCUCAACACCUGGACUUACAACUUCAUGAUCGUCGGGUUCAUCAAAGAUGAGGCCUGGAGCUCCGCGUGGAUGCUGUUCAAAAGGAUGCAGUCCGGAAAGAAUGACAAAGUUCCAGCUCCCAACAUGUUCACGUACGAGAUCCUCAUCUCCAGCCUGUGCAAGACGGAUCAGGUGGAAGAGGCCUUCAAGCUCCUGAGCGCGAUGCGUGACAAAGGAUUCGUCCCGAGCUUGAAGAUCUGGGAGGUGCUACUCUCGCGGCUGGCCAGAGCCGGAAGACUGGACGACGCGUUCGAGCUCUACAAAGAGAUGUCGAGGAUAAACUGCCAGCAGCUUGUGGGAUCGAGCAACAUUCUCCUGGACGGGAUCCUCCGGCGAGGCAGCGUGGACGAAGCCAAGGAUUUCCUCAAGCAGAUGACCGACACCGGCAUCGUUCCAGACAAGUUCACGUAUGACAAGCUGGUGGUGGGACUCUGCUGGCAAGGAAAGGCGGAUCAAGCUCGAAAGCUGGUGGAAGAACUCGUGAGAGAUGGGAAGCGGCCAGAGAACCAGGGACUCCGGCAGCUCCUGGGAGCCUUGUGUGCGCAGGGAGACUUCCAGGGAGCCUACGAGUUCUACUGCUGGCUGCCGAGCGUCGGCGUCGAAGUGACGCUGGGAAUGCACAACACGCUGGUGACUUCGUGCUGCCUGGCCAGGAAGCUCGACUAUCUCGACAUGAUCGAGCAGCGCGAGGGCGUUCCAGACGUGAUCGUGGAGAGGAUCGAGAAGUUUAGAGCCGAGCUCUUCCGGGAGGAGGAAGUGAAGAUUUACGAGGAGACGCGUGACCGGAAGAUCAGGAGGACGAUGGCGUAUAGCGAGCCGAGAAGACCAAAGAUCGCGAGCUUUAGAGCUAUGGAUCUCCACUAUGGUCAGUAAAACUCUACUCGUAGCUCGCGAACUUUAGAACUAUGGAUCUUCACUAUGGUCAGUCAGUAAAACUCUACUCGUUGGAGCUCGCGAACUGAAGAGCUAUGGAUCUUCACUAGUAAUAAAGAAAUGAUGACAUUUCGCCAA